AAACUGUUCAAUUGAACCAAGGAACCACGGGAAACUGUGAACCUCUUUGUUCUUUGAGGUAGGUAAUGAAAAGCCAAUAACAAGAAGAGGAUAAACCAAACUGUGCUAGAGCUUUCAGUGUCAAAGAGACUUAACGCACUCGUACAGCCGCCCCACCAGGACGAAGAGCUAGAAGCUACAGGCGAUCGACCAUAUCAGUUGCCAAAACGGAAAAAUCGCAAACGCUAUAAAGAGCGAGUACCGUCUUAAGUUCAGACAAAUAGACAAUACAAAGAAGUGAAAGGAUAAACUGUAACCGGCAGAGUAACACCCUCCAAACAACAAAGUAUGCUGCCAACAUUUAGUUUUACACCGGAGCAGGUAGCGUGCGUGUGCGAAGUACUACAGCAGAGCGGAGACAUAGAACGUCUCGGAAGAUUUCUUUGGUCUCUCCCAGAAUGCGAAACCAUCCAGAAGAACGAGAGCGUGCUAAAAGCAAAGGCAAUGGUUUCCUUCCAUCAGGGAAACUUCCAAGAGCUGUAUCGCAUACUGGAAAACAACACGUUUUCUCCAAGUUCGCAUCCCAAGUUGCAGUCGCUCUGGUUAAAGGCGCACUACAUCGAAGCAGAGAAACUCCGCGGUCGGCCGUUAGGAGCCGUGGGGAAAUAUCGUGUUCGACGCAAAUUUCCAUUGCCGAGAACAAUCUGGGACGGCGAGGAAACUAGUUACUGUUUCAAGGAAAAAUCAAGGAACAUAUUGCGAGAGUGGUACUCGCACAACCCAUACCCAUCGCCUCGAGAGAAGCGCGAGCUUGCUGAGGCAACAGGUCUAACCACUACACAAGUAAGCAACUGGUUUAAGAACAGAAGGCAGCGGGAUAGGGCAGCGGAAGCCAAAAUAAGGGAAUCAACGGUGGACAUAAGAACCAAGCAGAUGUUAAACCCUGAGAAGCAGGCGAUGCUGAAUGACGUGAAAAAGUGUGGUAUACCCGACUUCUCCCAAUGCAUGAAUGGAUCACAUAUACCCGGCACUCACACUCCUGUUCCUGUCAAACUAGAAGUGGAUGACCCUACUCUAAUGGCUGCAAUGUCGCAUGAGCCUAUGGCGCCCGUUUCGGGGACUGAAUUCACCCAUGGACUUCACGACAGCCACAUGCUAACUACGUUAACAAAUUCUCUCGUAGGACUCUAAAUGCACCACGCUUUAGGAAUUGCCAAUGAGACUUAAGCCUUUCUGCAGCUGGUUACGUCGUUUGAACGGAAAAGAACCCGUCUUCUUCUCUUGCACGGGAAAAUCUUUCCAAAUGCCACAGCUUAGAGAAUUUUUUUUCAGUUUAAUAAGAUAUUUAGCAUAGCUUAUAAAAGCGUAGUUAUAUUAUAAUUAGAAACUAAAGCUAAACCAUUGGGAAAUUCGACAAUAGCUGCCUCGUACUUGGGGCACAAUGAACUGUUAAAUAAUAGCUUCAUUCAUACGCGAAGUUGUGUACAAGGUAAACACCGACGCAAGCUUAUAACCUUGCAUGCGUAUCACGCUUAAAACCAAAACGUCGGUAUUGCGUACCAAUAAAAAAGGUCAUGUAUCUUCAAAAGAAUUAUGUGUAUAAAGCAAAUGUUUUCUUGCAGUCAUGUUUAAAGUACUAUCACCUUGUGUUAUUCCAUAUAUUAAUCUUGUACAGUAUUCUUUCACGAGCGACCAGUUGGUUGAAAGCAACUGUGGCGUCCUUGUUAAAUGUCAGACGACUUCGCUGUACACCUUAAUUUGCAGUGGAAAUAAAAAUCCCCAGAAUAACAUGA